AUGUAUCGAAUAAUUCUACUAUUAGCUGGUAUUCAUGUCAAUCCAAUAUCGAAUGGAAUUAUCCCGAAAUCUCAUCUCACUUAUGAUAUUGUAAUGCAACAUCUGAUGAGCUAUGUUAACCACUCGAUAGAUCCGUGCGAUGAUUUCUAUGCGCAUGUUUGCCCGCCAGAAGAUGUCAACUUUUACGUCAAUUUGGAUGAAGCCUUUCAAUUUGCCAAUUCGUAUACCGAACUCGAUUAUGUUAAUGAAAGCGAUGUGCUCUCCGAUUUGCAAUUUGAAGACUUUGAGCGUUAUUCUGAAAAGGACCUCGUCGAAUUAUGCAACCAGGAUUUGGAGAGUUUUUUGAAGACAAUUGUGAUUUCGAGAUAUUUUGUUGAAAACAACUACACCCGAAUCGAGUUUAGCGAUAAUUGCACCAUAAUGGCGCCGAUGUUGAAUGAGAUUCGUAUGGAAUAUAUUGCGGAGACCUCUUUCUCGUUUUUCCGCAAUAUUUACAAACAUCUCCGUCGACACCGUACAAUUCAACGAAUUUAUGGAUCGCCUACUAAGGCGGAUCAACUGUUUGAAGACCUCCGAAAAGAAUUGGACGUCAUUCUCGAGGAGACGCCUUGGAUCAAAACCUACAACGCAAUGGAAAAAUACAAGAAACAAUUGGAAAUCAUGCAAUAUUAUACAUUGGGAUAUUCGAAAGAAGCUGUCGAAAAACAGUUGAAAAAGGCGCUUCCCGAAUUGAAAAAAUUCACCGAAAACGAAAUUAAACGAAACAAUAUCACUCAAUUCAUUGCAUUGGGAUAUGAUGCGAUGUUCCUUUCGAAUAUCUCGGAUAAUCGUCUAAUUUCCAUCUAUCAAUUCUAUCUUUUAGAACUUUCCAACCAUGUUAAUUAUCAAUAUGGCACAUUUGGUUUCAUAUUGGCUCAUGAGAUUAUGCAUUCAUUCGUUUUCGAUGAAGACGAUAGAUCGCCACUGAAGAAUUAUUCGACGAAGAAUGCGCAUUGUAUUCUGAGUCAGCAUUCGAAGACAUGCCAAAUGUUUCCAGAAGCGAAAUGCUCGACGACGAAUCGAACGUUUGAAGAAGACGCGGCCGAUUUGAUGGGAUUUCGCCUAAUUUAUCGGUUGUUUCAAAAAGCGAAACAUAUGGAACAGAGGAAGACAUAUUUCGGAUAUGGAGAACCAAUUGAUAAUGAGAAAUUGUUCUUUUACUCCAUGGCAAUCGCGAGUUGUCGUGAGCAUCCAAAGAAGGAAAAUACGAAAGACGUUCACUCGGGCAUAUACGCCCGCAUAUUAAUGAUGCUGGCGCAAUCAGACGAAUUUGCGAAAGCGUUCAAAUGUAAGAAGACGGAUCGGAUGAGUCCAGCUUCGACAAUGAAGGCUCAGGGAUCUGAAACCUCUUCCGAUCCACCGAAGAAGGUUCCGAAAGGGACGGAGAUUUUGUCAUGA